AACCUGUACUAGGACACUUGGAAUGAAACUACUUGCUAUGAAACUAGACUUGCAUAACAACUUAUGUUGUGCACAUUAUCAGCACAAUUUGGUCACUUUUUGAGAGAAAUUUCGGCCUGGCUGGGUUGUAAUUAUUGUGAGGUAUGCUAAUGAUAUUCAUUGCCUGUGCUAUGCAAUGAGCUAUUCUUCAUAUCAUGAAAGCAGCAGCAACUUUUCUCCUCUUUCUCACACUAGCUGUUCCUCCUCCUUUGGUUAAUUCUCAGCCACUCAUCUCUUCAUCUCUAUCCAGUACAGUGACUCAUGUUGCUGUUAGUGCUAAUGGAGUCUUUGUGAGCACUGCCAAUCAAGUACACCAUUUCUCUCCUACUCUACAACAAUCAGAGGGCUCUCCUGACACUCCUGGUGGUACUGUUACUGGAAUGGCUAGUACACCUGAUGGUGAGUGGUGUGUAGUGUGUACUGAUGCUGGAGGUGAAACAUGUUCUGUUCUUAAUGGAUCUAAUCUUGAAGCUCCUGCUAAUAGAACAGUGACUAAAAGUGGGAUUGCAAUUAGUCUAGCAGUGUUCACUGGAGGAGAUGGCAACAGCUUUUACACUGGGAGCUUUGUUAAUAGUCAUAUUCUAUAUCAUCAGUAUGGGUUUGCUGGUAGCACACUAUCAAGAGCUACUAAUCCUGUACAUCAACAAACUUCAGGUUUUAAUCGUGUAUUUGUGAGUGGUUUCUUUGCUUCAGGAUAUGCUUACUAUCUUGUGAGUGAUCCUUCAACAAGUGGUGUUAACAGACGGCUUCGUAUAAUAAGAGUAUGUAAUGACAGUACAGCUGAUGGCUUCAACAAUCAAUAUGAGCUGACUUUAGGUUGUGAUGGUAAUAACGGUUUCUUUAAUCCUACUCUGAUUGAUGUAUUUGUUAUUAAUGGAAAGACAUUGUUCAUUGCAAUACGUUUUGGUUCAGUGGUUGAUGUAUGUUCAUACAGUCUGCCUGAGAUUAACUCCUUAAUGGAUGCUGCUUAUCAAUCGUGUGUAGUUGAUGGUAAUGGUAAUAAAAAUAUCUUUUGGCAGAAUUCUGUAUCAUGUUCAGUAGGAUUAUCUGGAAGCAUAUGUAGUAUAUCUGAUUCAAGAAGUGGUACUCCUGCUCCAGCAGUUGGUGCAUCAAACCCCCUCACUCCCACUGGUCUAAUUACUAACACUACUAUACUGAAUGGAUUAACUGCUAUUGUUGGAGUGUCCAUUGAUGACACUAAUUUUAUUUACUUUGCACUUACAUUAAAUAGCAAUAAUUAUUGCAUCAAUAAGUAUCACUUGGUCAAUAGUACAACCCUUAAAUUUAUAUCUCAAGUUACAUCAACCUCUACAGUGACAUCAUUAUCCUGGUCUCAAGGUUCAGAGUAUGUGUAUGGUAUUAGUGGUACUAAUGUGAUUGCAUUAAAGACAGAGGGUUGUUCCAGUGCCACUAGUUGCUCUGAGUGUGUUAGUUUAGGUGAUCCAUUAUGUGGUUGGUGUAUGAUAGAGAACAAGUGUUCCCGUAAACCAUUCUGUCAGGAUAAUGAUCAAACAGGACGAUACCUAACACAAGGAGACAGUAGUUAUUGCUUUGACGCAUUAUCUAUUGAUCCAAGUACUUAUGUAAUAGAUAUUGAGCAACAACCUCAUCAGAUUGAUCUGACAUUUUUACCAGCUCCUCCUCCUUCUAAAUUACCAGGGGAAGAAUAUUUUUGUGUUUUUAAUGGUAUCAUGAGUCCAUUGGAACUAUCAAUGGGUACUAAUGCUGGUAGCUGUUCAGUACAAGACAUAGUGUCUCAGGUCACUGGCAUGCAACUAGACACUACUUUUAGUAUAUACAGUAAUAGAACUGGUGUAAAUUUCUAUACAAGGCCUACUAGUUAUACUUUCUACAGUUGUCCUACAGCAUCAAAGUGUAGUGCAUGUCUUCAAAGUGAAACAUGUGGUUGGUGUCAAUUGGACUUUACAUGUACUGGACAAAACUCAUCAUGUACUACUGGUGAAUGGUUCAAUAUAAAAGAUGGUGGUAGUGCUAGUAGUUUCUGUCCUUUCUUAGAGCCUAAUUCUGUUACAUUUGAUGGUAGAUAUACUCAAGCAGCUAAUGUUACUAAGAAUUUAACAUUAUCAACUAGUAAUACUGGGUCUUCACCUGGUCUCACUUAUGAGUGUGUGUAUGGUACUGAUACUAGAACUGCUACUGUUAGUCAUGACAAUAAAGUGACAUGUAAUAAUAAUCCUGUGUUGACAAUUGGAGGAGGAGGUAGUACUCAGAAUGUCUCAUUAAGUCUCAGACAAGUUUACAAUGAAAAUAGAUAUACAAUAGAGACUAAUGCUACAGCAAAUCUCAAUGUUAUUUUGUAUGAUUGUCCUACAUUGGCCCUUGGUUGCUCAUCAUGCUUAGCACAGAGAAUUGAUACUGGAUUUAGCUGCAGUUGGUGUAAUAGUAAUAAUCAAUGUAGAGACAUUAGUGAUUGUAAUGAUGCUAGUGCUGUCAUUAGUACAGGAAACUGCCCUCUACCAAUGAUUACUGACUUUAAUCCUAAGGCUGGUCCCCCCAGAGGUGGAACAACCAUCAUUAUUAAUGGAACUAAUCUGGGUACACAACGCUCUGACAUAGAGUCUGUUAUAAUUGGUACUAGAAACUGUAUUGUUGAUGAAUAUGAACCAGGAGUAUGGAUAACAUGUACUAUUGAUCCUGAUACUAGUGAUACUGCAGACAGGAAUGAGACUAUCAUGAUAAGAGUGACCAGAUCCAGUGGUAGUGUGAGUGUCAAUAGUACAACACAGUACCAGUUCAUAACACCAAUCAUUCAAUCAGUGAGUCCUACAUAUGGUCCUGUUAGUGGUGGUACUAGAAUAAGAGUACAAGGUACUAACUUUGAUAUUGGUAAUAAAAAAAUGACUAGAGUAAUAAUGAGACAAUCAUCAUCAAGAAAGAAGAGAAACACAUGUCCUGAUGUUAACUGUAAUAUCACGAAUAUUACUAAUACUGAGAUCAACUGUAUUACUAGUAGUAUUGAUGAUACUGACUGUGUAAGGAAUGUAAUAGUAUCAGUCAAUGGAGCUUCAUUCUCUAAUACUAGUAUAAGCUAUCAAUAUAGACCAGAUCCUACAUUUGAUAGUAUCAGUCCUAUGAUCAUAAUACCAGCUGGUGGCAUUCAACUAGUAUUCACUGGUGCUAACUUAAAUUCAGUUCAAUCUCCUACUAUUACUAUCAAUGAUAGUAGACUGAUUUCUAGUAGUGUUGAGCCUUGUGUCACUAAUGAUAAUACUACACUCAUAUGCAAUGCUCCUAAUAUUACUAAUGUGGCCGACAGCAGUUAUGGAACAUCUAUUGAGUACAUGCUGAUGUUAGAUGGAGCAGAGUCACCUAAUUACAUGAAUGCAGCUCUGAGACUAAAACUGCAACGUAAUCCAAUAUUUACUGGUAUUGAUGCUGACUCAAGAUCUAUAUCAGUGGAUGAUAUUAAUGACAUUACUAUUAGGGGAAUGAAUGUUGAAUCAGUUAACCCAUCAGAGAUUAAUAUUAUGUUAGGAGACAAUUCUGAUGAUGUGUGUAGUAUCAGAACAAGCUCUAAAACUGAGAUUACCUGUAGGCCACCCAACAAGCCAUCAGGUACCACAUUAGCACUAAGAGUUAGAGUGGGAAGGAAUCUAGUGUUUCCAUCCAAUGGUAUCACUGGCCCUGAAUGGACACUAGAAUAUGCCAACACUAGUACUGAGUCUAUUACUAGCACUGGAUCUACUAGUACUAUUAUUACUACUAUUACUACUACUACUGGCCCUACUAGUACCAGCACUAGUGCUCCAAGUUCUACUUCAAUUGGAGCCAUUGUUGGAGGAUCUAUAGCAGCUAGUAUCAUUAUUACACUAUUGAUUGUAGCAAUACCAUUGAUAAUUGUCAUUUUCAUUUUACAAAAGAGGGCAAAAGACAGCAAAGAAAAGCCAAUAUCUCACAGAGGUAAUUUAGCAAUCCCAAUUUCUAUGAACAUCUAUCAGGGCAUCACUAGCCAAGAUAACAAUCUCUUUCCCCAGUCUAACCCAGCAUACAUUAAAGCAUCAGAUAUUCAUGAAAUACCUGCAAGCAAGAAUGAAGAAUUUUUAUUUGUAAAGAAAGCUAAUAAUGAAGAUAAUGAAGGUCAUGUUGAUACAGGAGUGAUUGAUGAUAUUGCUCAAAGUUCAGAAGAUAAAGGAAGCUACGAAAAUAUCUCAAAAGUAGAUGGUGAUGCUAAUUGAAAAAUUCUUUUCAGUAGGCCAUUAUUUUUAUUGCUAUUACAUAACAAUUUCUCGCUGCAUUUAAUAUGUAACAUUUCCUUUGUAUGCCCAUAAAUUUCUAGUUUAGUUCAAAAAUUAAUUAUUUUGUUGAGUAGCUAGAUUACCAUGACAUGUACCUUAAAAGUUAAAUUAAUCAUUUCCCUCUUCAUCCUCAGCCAUAAAAAAUUGGUCAGUUGACUGUAAA